UGCCGGUGAGCAGCGCACCAUACCCCAUGGUCCGGCUGGUGCGCAAAGCCAGCACGCUGUCCAGUCAGCUCCACUCGCCGCUGCACCAAGGUGGUUCUAUCUUGACCUCUCCGAAGCCCACCCGUCGUGCUCGAGCAACGUCACCCGAGAAAGCGGGCUCUCCCAAGCAGGACCCACUCGAUAGUGGCCCCACAUGCCUGCGACGGACGGGCAGUGGUGACGUCAUCAUAGGUGAGGUUGUGCUUAUGCAGCCUCGGCGCGCUUUAAGGGCGUCGGGUGAAGGUGCCUCCGACAUGGUGCAAGUGGAGCUGGACUCCGUGCGGGAGUCUCCACCGCCGCGUAACGGACGAAGUGAUGAAGAGGUACCGCUCUCCUGGUGA